CCGAAAAAUAUCUCCCCACAACUCCGCCAUUGGCUCAGUCUUCAAGCCCAUCACUGUAGACCAGGUCAGGCCGUGAUUUUUCUUUUCGCGGUGCUCGAAUCCCUGAUCACAGCCGGCAACAACGUUGCGGCAAGUCCACUGUCAUGGCGAAGACAGAGUCUGACGAUGAGUUCGACCUGGAUGAUUACGAGAUGGUCAGCUCUGAGGACGAACCACCGACUCAGAUCGACGACACUCCGGCCUCUACUCCCCCAUCCACCGCCCUUCCACCCUGUCGCCAGAAGACGCUGAAAUGUCCCUGGGAAAACUGCGACAAGGCGUUCAACCGGCAGGCCAGACUCGCCGAGCACAUCCGAUCUCACACCAAUACCCGACCUUUCGUCUGCCCGCACCCUCCAUGCACCAAAGCCUUUCUACGAGCGAGCCAUUUGAAUCAUCACGUCAAGAGCGCUCACAGCGAUGUCAGGGACUACAAAUGCACAUGGGCAGGCUGUGAUGCAAGUUUUGCUACUGGAACCAGACUGCGGCGUCAUAUCCAGGCACAUGAGGCCAAAGAAAGAUUCAGAUGCCGUGGCCAUCCUGGCUGCAACCAGACCUUCCGCAAGCAAGAAACCCUAGAUCGACACAUCUUGUCUGCUCACCAGAACAUCAAACCCUUUCAAUGCACAGAACUCGACUCUGUCACCGGCCUUCCGUGUACAAAAGCCUACGACACCGCCGAGAAUCUACGCACUCAUCAAAGAGCCAAGCAUGACCCCACGCGGUUCUCCUGUUCAGAAUGCAUGGCUCAAAAUGCAGCGGUACUCGCCAAUCCAACUGAUGGUAUCAAUCCAGAGAACUUGAUUGUGGCCUCCUUUGCGACCUAUGGAGAACUCCGUGCUCAUAUUAUUGAAGUCCAUCCACCAACCUGUUCACUCUGUCCUACUUCGUUCAUCACCAACAAGGAGUUGACUCGACACCUGGAAAUCCAGCAUGGGAUCCUGCCUCCCAACAAAGCCGCAGAAAACGCAACCAUGUUCCCCUGCACCCACCCUGGUUGUGGCAAAAAGUUCACCAAGAAGGGUAAUCUGAAUGUUCACAUCAAAACUGUCCAUGAAAACCACCGCGACUUCGUCUGCGGCAAGACAGAAAUCACUCUGCCGGAAGAACUUGCCGAUCAACCAGAUGUUGCCGUCUAUGGCUGCAACCGCAGCUUCACUAGCAAGGCGAGUCUGGAGGAGCAUGUCCGGACUGCACAUCUUGGCUUGGAGUCCAAGCGGGCCAUCCGCGAGAAGAAACGCAAGGCGGGACAGGAAGAUUCCGGUGAUCUCAAUGGCAGCCCCGAACCAGGUCAGGCGUUUAAGAAGCGCAAGCCUCGCUCAGACAAGGGGGUCAAGAAGUCGUCCACCAUCGCCUCUCUCACAGGAGUUGCAGCCACAAAUCUAGCACACAAUCCUGGUGCUGACCUGUCAUUUCCCAGACAGUCAGAAACGCAAGCAGAAGCAGAGGCUGACAACUCUGGAAAUGAGAUGGAUGAUGAAGGCGGGGCCUAUGACUCUCUUCUAUCUGGAUCCAUGACCAUGUGCGGCAGCCAGAUCUUCCACUACGGCACUUCUUACCAUUACCCUUCGGGCGAAUAUCCGACUUCCACCCAAAACUCCCGUGCCGAACUAUCCAGACCCGGCGCCGAAGACGAUGAUAACGACGCUGAUGCUGAUGCUGACGCAGACCUGGGUCCCACCGACGGUCACGACGAUGGUUUCGGCCACUACACCCCGCCAGUGACCAUGGACUACGAGGUCGAGGUCGACGACAACUUCUUCGGCCACUUCGAGCAGGACCAUCACCCUCAUCAACCGGGCUUUGUCUACCCACCUCCCUUCGCGCAUUGAGCGAACAACAUCUGGCCUGAAGCUCAUCGGCAGUUGCGCGCACCUUUGCCCAUGCAUGAAACGAAGCGAUGUCCCCCUUUCCCCUUUCUUCCCCUUCUUCCAAGCAAGUGACAUGAUACGAGAUGAUACCCCCUUCAGCAAGUCACGUCUUGAGCGUUUUGAAAAAAGUGGUUUUCAUGAACUUCGGCCGACGAGCCGUCGAGUGGACAGAAUACAGAUUUUCUUCCUCUUUUUCCUUUUUCAUUCCAUCACGGAUCAAGCCUGGCGUCCUGGGGGCUCAGAAGCAGUGUAUUGCACUCGGAGUGCAAUUGGAUGGUUAACGUCUCCACAAAAGUCUCGUUCAUCACAAUUUGAGAGGAGACGGCAUGGACGUGCCACUAAUAGGGCGAUUUCAAUGACAACCCUGAACUCGAAUGGGGUCCAAAAGUGUGCCUCUUUUUGCUGCUAUUCAGUGCGCUAGAGAUACGAAGAGACUAAUGAUGAAUCCCCGAGAAGGGCUGCUUUCCA